AAGGGAUUUAGAAAGAAAUCCUGUUGAGCUUUAUUUCCCCAAGGCAUAUAUGGAUACUAACAUGAAAUAAUAGGUGCAAUUUAUCCUUUGAAGUAUAGUUAAUCUGUAACCAAGCUCUUUGCCCAAUUGUAUGCCCAGGGCAAACACCUUUACUGACACACGCGUGGUGGGGGUGGGUGGUUGUGCCCCUUGACAUUUAACACUGGCGCUCAGGGAGGAAAGUGAGCGUCGCUCUACAGUCCAUCAGCAGCAUUCGAAGGCUUUUAGUUGUGACUAUUUAAAAAAAACAAAACAAAACAACAACCAACCAGCUAAAGAGAUUUCACUGUCUGCAAAGUGUAACUUCCUGUCUGGUGUUUAGGGGUGGUUGGGUUAGGUUUAGUCAGAUCCUCUCGUGGGAAAAAUAAAAGGCACCAAAAAAAAAAAAAAAAGAAAGAAAAACACAGGACGUCCCAGUGUGCAGUUCGCAAGCCGCUUUUGUUGUUCACUUCCUCUGCAUCUUCGCCCUCAUCAUUUUAGCAGCCGUAGGUGAUGAGUGGCCCGGCAGCCACCGCCUUACACUGGAAACAGUGCAGGUUGGAUUUGCCCGGGCAGGCGGCUCUCCAGGCUUGCCGGCGAUUGCCAGAUGAACACAAUGACGUGCAGAAGAAAACGUUUACCAAAUGGAUAAAUGCUCGAUUUUCAAAGAGUGGGAAGCCACCCAUCAAUGACAUGUUCACUGACCUCAAAGAUGGCAGGAAACUAUUGGAUCUUCUGGAAGGCCUCACAGGGACAUCGCUGACAAAGGAACGCGGUUCCACAAGGGUGCAUGCCUUAAAUAACGUCAACAGAGUGCUGCAGGCUUUACAUCAGAACAACGUGGAAUUAGUGAACAUAGGAGGAACGGACAUAGUCGAUGGGAACCACAAACUGACUCUGGGCCUACUUUGGAGCAUCAUUCUGCACUGGCAGGUGAAGGACGUCAUGAAGGACGUCAUGUCUGACCUGCAGCAGACUAACAGUGAGAAGAUCCUGCUGAGCUGGGUGCGCCAGACCACGCGGGCCUACAGCCAGGUCAACGUCCUCAACUUCACCACCAGCUGGACCGACGGACUGGCCUUUAACGCCGUGCUCCACCGGCACAAACCUGACCUUUUCAGCUGGGAUAGAGUUGUCAAAAUGUCCCCCAUCGAGAGACUUGAGCAUGCCUUCAACAAAGCUCAGACUUACCUGGGAAUUGAGAAGCUGUUAGAUCCUGAAGACGUUGCUGUUCAGCUCCCUGACAAGAAAUCCAUAAUUAUGUAUUUAACAUCUUUGUUUGAGGUGCUACCUCAGCAAGUCACGAUAGAUGCCAUCCGAGAGGUAGAGACACUGCCCCGGAAAUACAAGAAAGAAUGUGAAGAGGAAGAAAUUAAUUUACAGAGUACAGCGGCAGUGGAGGAGCACGAGAGUCCCCGGGCUGACACCCCCAGCACUGUCACCGAGGUCGACAUGGAUCUGGACAGCUACCAGAUAGCGCUGGAAGAAGUGCUGACCUGGUUGCUGUCUGCCGAGGACACUUUCCAGGAACAGGAUGACAUUUCUGACGAUGUGGAAGAAGUCAAAGAGCAGUUUGCCACCCAUGAAGCUUUCAUGAUGGAGCUGACCGCACAUCAGAGCAGCGUGGGGAAUGUCCUGCAGGCGGGCAACCAGCUGAUAACACAGGGCACUCUGUCGGAUGAAGAGGAGUUUGAGAUUCAGGAGCAGAUGACCCUGCUGAAUGCCAGAUGGGAGGCUUUGAGGGUGGAGAGUAUGGAGAGGCAGUCCCGGCUGCAUGACGUGCUGAUGGAACUGCAGAAGAAGCAGCUGCAGCAGCUGUCGGCCUGGCUGACCCUCACGGAAGAACGCAUUCAGAAGAUGGAAACCUGUCCGCUGGAUGACAACUUGGAAUCCCUGCAAAAGCUCCUCAAAGAACACAAAAGUUUGCAAAACGAUCUUGAGGCCGAGCAGAUGAAGGUAAAUUCCUUAACUCACAUGGUGGUGAUCGUAGAUGAGAGCAACAGCGAGAGUGCCACAGCUGUCCUGGAAGAUCAGCUGCAGAAACUUGGUGAGCGCUGGACAGCUGUGUGCCGCUGGACUGAGGAACGCUGGAACCGAUUACAAGAAAUCAAUAUAUUGUGGCAGGAAUUAUUGGAACAGCAGUGCUUGCUGAAAGCCUGGCUCACUGAAAAGGAAGAGGCUUUGAAUAAAGUUCAGACAAGCAAUUUCAAAGACCAGAAGGAACUAAGUGUCAGCGUUCGACGUCUGGCUAUUCUGAAGGAAGACAUGGAAAUGAAACGCCAAACUUUGGAUCAACUGAGUGAAAUUGGCCAGGAUGUGGGGCAAUUACUUGACAACCCCAAGGCAUCUAAGAAGAUGAUCAGUGACUCAGAGGAACUGACUCAGAGAUGGGAUUCUUUGGUUCAGAGGCUGGAAGAUUCCUCCAACCAGGUGACUCAGGCUGUGGCAAAGCUGGGGAUGUCUCAGAUUCCUCAGAAGGAUCUUUUGGAGACCGUUCGUGUCAGAGAACAAGUUACUACCAAAAAGUCUAAGCAGGAGCUGCCUCCUCCUCCUCCCCCCAAGAAGAGACAGAUCCAUGUGGACACUGAAGCUAAAAAAAAGUUUGAUGCUGUAAGUGCGGAGCUGCUGAACUGGAUUUUGAAAUCCAAGACUGCCAUGCAGGCCACAGAGAUAAAAGAGUUUAAGAAGACGCAGGAGACUUCAGAAAUGAAAAAGAAGCUGAAGGAAUUAGAAAAAGAACAAACAGAAAGAAACUCCCGACUGGAUGAAUUAAACCAAACUGGACAAAUCCUUUUGGAGCAAAUGGGCAAAGAAGGUCUUUCAGCUGAUGAAAUAAAACGUGUCCUGGAGAAGAUUUUAUCUGAGUGGAAGAAUAUAUCUCAGCAUCUGGAAGAUCUGACAAGAAAGAUGAAGCUUCAGGAAGAUAUAAGUGCUUAUUUUAAGCAACUUGAUGAGCUUGAGAAGAUUUUAGCGACAAAGGAGGAGUGGGUACAACACGCACCCUUUUCUCAGUCUCCCCAGCGUUCCUUGCCAAGUUUGGAGGACUGUUGUCAGAGGGAACUGACAAGCCUCCUUGACCUCCAGCCCAAAAUUGAGAUGGUGCGAUUAAGCUGCUCUGCCCUCAAGUCUGAGCCUUCUGUCCCGGGGUCUGUCCAGUUGGACUUCGAUAACUUUAUGGUCCGCUUCCGGGCUCUGAUAAUGGCUUUACAGGGUCACCAGCAGCAGCUGGCCAAGGAACGGAAGAGCCAACCUGGACGCGACUAUUUGGAAACACUGAAAAUGCUGCAAGGUGCCCUCAGUGACACAGAGCGGAAGGCCCAGACGUCGCUGCGUGUCCUCAGUGACCCCGCAGAGGUGGAGAAGGCGCUACAAGGAAGGAAGGCCCUUGGCGAAAUUCUUGAGAAACAAAAACCUGCAUUAUAUAAGCUUGCAGAAGAAACAAAGGCUUUGGAGAGAAGUGUGCUUCCAGAUGUAGAAAUCACGUACAAGCAAGAAUUCAGUGAUGCCCAGGAAAAGUGGAACAAACUAAAGGCCGCGGUUUCUGAAGAUGUACAUUUGCUUGAAGAAACUGCCUCCAAACUGAGAGCUUUUGAGGCCGAUUCAAAAGUCAUCGAGAGGUGGAUGGAUGAUGUGAAAGACUUCUUAACGGAAGAGCAGGCUGACCAAGGCGAUGACGCUGGUCUGCAGAGGCAGCUGGACCAGUGCUCUGCAUUUGUUAAUGAAAUAGAAACAAUUGAAUCAUCUCUGAAAAACAUGAAAGAAAUAGAGACUCACCUUCGAAGCUGUCCAGUUGCUGGGAUACAGACCUGGGUGCAGAGAAGGCUGGUUGAUUACCAAACCCAACUGGAGAAAUUUAGCAAGGAGAUUGCUAUUCAAAAAAAUAGGUUGUCUGAAAGUCAGGAAAAAGCAAUGAACCUGAAGAAAGACCUGGCAGAGAUGCAGGAGUGGAUGUCCCAGGCCGAGGAGGAAUACCUGGAGAGGGACUUUGAGUACAAGUCCCCGGAAGAGCUAGAGAGUGCUGUGGAGGAGAUGAAGAGAGCGAAAGAGGACGUGUUACAGAAGGAGGUCAGAGUGAAGAUUCUGAAGGACAACAUCAAAUUGUUAGCUGCCAAGGUGCCCUCUGGUGGCCAGGAGCUGACAUCUGAGCUGAACGUGGUGCUGGAGAAUUACCAACUUCUUUGUAACAGAAUCCGAGGAAAGUGCCACACACUAGAGGAGGUCUGGUCUUGCUGGAUCGAGCUGCUUCAUUAUUUGGAUCUUGAAAAUGCCUGGCUAAACACUUUGGAAGAGCGAGUCAAGAGCACAGAGGUCCUGCCCGAGAAGACAGACGCAGUUGGCGAAGCCCUAGAGGCUCUGGAAUCUGUUCUGCGCCACCCGGCAGAUAAUCGGACCCAGAUCCGGGAGCUUGGCCAGACUUUGAUUGACGGGGGGAUCCUUGAUGAGAUAAUCAGUGAGAAGCUGGAGGCUUUCAAUAGCCGCUACGAAGAUCUGAGUCACCUGGCAGAGAGCAAGCAGAUUUCCUUGGAGAGGCAACUGCAGGUCCUGCGGGAAACUGACCACAUGCUUCAGGUGUUGCAGGAGAGCUUGGGGGAGCUGGACAAGCAGCUCACCUCGUACCUGACGGAUAGGAUAGAUGCUUUCCAAGUCCCACAGGAAGCUCAGAAAAUCCAAGCAGAGAUCUCAGCUCAUGAGCUCACUCUAGAGGAGUUGAGGAGGACCCUGCGCUCUCAGCCUCCUCCUUCCCCAGAGGGCAGGACUGCGAGAGGAGGAAGCCAGGUGGAUGUGCUUCAGAGGAAACUUCGAGAAGUGUCCACAAAAUUCCAGCUCUUCCAGAAACCUGCUAACUUUGAGCAGCGCAUGCUUGACUGCAAGCGCGUGCUGGAAGGUGUGCAAGCAGAGCUCCCCGUCCUGGAGGUGAAGGACGUGGACCCUGAGGUCGUGCAGACCCACCUGGAGAAGUGCAUGAAACUGUAUAAAACUCUGAGUGAAGUCAAACUUGAAGUGGAGACUGUGAUCAAAACAGGACGGCACAUUGUCCAGAAGCAACAAACCGACAAUCCCAAAGGCAUGGACGAGCAGCUGACCUCCCUGAAGGUCCUUUACAAUGAGCUGGGUGCACAGGUGACAGAAGGAAAGCAGGACCUGGAAAGAGCAUCUCAGCUGGCCCGGAAGGUGAAGAAGGAGACCGCCUCUCUCUCUGAGUGGCUCUCUGCUACGGAGGCUGAGUUGGUGCAAAAGUCCACGUCGGAAGGUGUGCUCGGCGACUUGGACACGGAAAUCUCCUGGGCGAAGAAUGUUCUGAAGGAUCUGGAAAAGAGAAAAGCUGACUUAAACACCAUCACGGAGAGCAGUGCUGCGCUCCAGAACUUGAUUGUGGGCAGCGAGCCGGUCUUAGAGGAGAGGCUGUGUGUCCUCAACGCUGGGUGGAGUCGAGUUCGCACCUGGACCGAGGAUUGGUGCAACACCUUGAUGAACCAUCAGAACCAGCUGGAAAUAUUUGAUGGAAACGUUGCUCACAUAAGUACCUGGCUUUAUCAAGCUGAAGCUCUGUUGGAUGAGAUUGAAAAAAAACCGGCGACUAAACGGGAAGAAAUCGUCAAGCGUCUAAUAUCUGAGCUGGAUGAUGCCAGCCUCCAAGUUGAAAAUGCCCGUGAUCAGGCCGUUAUUUUGAUGAAUGCACGUGGAAGCUCGAACAGAGAGCUUGUAGAACCAAAGUUAGCCGAACUGGAUAGAAACUUUGAAAAAGUAUCUCAACACAUCAAAAGUGCCAAAUUGCUGAUUGGCCAGGAACCCUCAUCACACCCAUGUGUGGUCACCACUGAAGCAUUCAAAGCUGCUGCGCCUUUCUCUGAUUUGGAUAAACUAGAAAAGGACAUAGAAAGUAUGAUAAAAGUUGUGGAAAAACACCUGGAACACAGUGAUGGCAAUGAAGAGGUGGAUGAGGAGAGAGCCCAGGUCGAGGAAGUGCUACAAAGAGGAGAAGAAAUGCUACACCAGCCUAUGGAGGAGAAUAAGAAAGAAAAGAUCCGUUUGCAGUUGUUGCUGUUGCACACAAGAUACCACAAAAUUAAGUCAAUCCCUAUUCAACAGAGGAAAACAAGUCAACUCACUUCUGGGAUUAGAUCAUCAUCCCUCCCUGCGGAUUAUCUGGUUGAAAUUAACAAAAUAUUACUUACCAUGGAUGGUGUUGAAUUAUCCCUUAAUGUUCCUGAGCUAAAUACCAUUGUCUAUGAAGAUUUCUCUUUUCAGGAAGACUCUCUGAAGACCAUUAAAGACCAACUGGAUAGGCUUGGAGAGCAGAUCGCAAUUGUUCACGAAAAGCAGCCUGAUGUCAUCCUGGAAGCCUCUGGGCCCGAGGCCAUCCAGAUCAGGGAUAUGUUGUCUCAGCUGAAUGCCAAGUGGGACAGAGUUAACAGAAUGUACAAUGAUCGGAAAGGUCACUUCGACAGGGCCAUAGAAGAAUGGAGACAGUUCCACUGUGACCUUAAUGACCUCACGCAGUGGAUAACGGAAGCGGAAGAGAUUCUGGUGGAUACUUGUGCUCCUGAUGGCAGCCUGGAUCUGGAGAAGGCCAGGACACAUCAGCGGGAACUUGAGGAGGGCAUCAGCAGCCACCAGCUCAGCAUGGCAGCGGUCAACCGGCUGGGGGAUGGGAUUGUGCAGAAGCUGCCGCCCGCAGAUGGGCGCUUCCUGAGAGACAAGCUGGCGGGUCUGAACAAGCGCUGGAGCGCGGUCCUGGCCCAGGUGAAGGGACAGCAACCCAGGCUCAAAGGAGAAAGUAAGCAGGUGCUAGAGUACAGAAGAAAGCUAGAUGACAUUGCCUGUUGGUUAACCAAGGCGGAGAGCGCUGUGCAAAAGAGGCCAACUGCGGAGCUGGGAGAAAACCUGCAAGAAUUACAGGACUUAAGGCGAGAGAUGGAAGGCCAAGCGGAGAAACUCCAGUGGCUGAAUAGAACUGAGCUGGAAAUGCUUGCAGAUAAAAGUCUGAGCUUACAUGAAAGAGACAAACUUUCAGAAAGCCUAAGAAGCAUAAACACAACAUGGAAUACGAUCUGCAGAGAAGCACCCAGCACACCGAAGGAAACUGCCCAGGAGUCCUGCUCUGUUUCACAGACACGGAUUGCUGCUCAUCCUGGCGUCCAAAAGGUGGUGCUAGUCUCAUCUGCAUCUGACGUUCCCGUUCAGUCUCCUCGCAGCUCGGAAAUGUCAGUGCCUGCUGACCUGGAUCAAACCAUAACAGAACUCGCCGACUGGCUGAUACUGAUUGACCAGAUGCUGAAGUCCAACAUUGUCACAGUCGGGGAUGUGGAAGAGAUCAAUAAGACCGUUUCCCGAAUGAAAAUCACAAAGGCUGACUUGGAGCAGCGCCAUCCUCAGCUCGAUUUUGUUUUUACACUGGCGCAGAAUUUGAAAAACAAAGCUUCCAGUUCAGACGUGAGGACAGCAAUCACAGAGAAACUGGAAAAGGUAAAGGCCCGCUGGGACAGCACACAGCACGGUGUGGAGCUCCGCCGCCAGCAGCUGGAGGCCAUGAUCGUGGACAGUCUCCGGUGGGAGGACCACAGGGAGGAGACGGAGGAGCUGAUGAGGAAGUUCGAGGCCCGGCUCUACAUGCUGCAACAGGCCCGGCGGGACCCGCUGAGCAAGCAAGUUUCUGACAACCAACUGCUGCUCCAAGAACUGGGUCCUGGCGACGGCAUCAUCAUGGCCUUCGAUAAUGUCCUGCAGAAACUUCUGGAAGAUUAUGCUAGUGAUGACACAAGGAAUGUGAAGGAAACCACCGAGUACCUAAAAACAUCCUGGGCCAAUCUAAAACAAAGCGUCGCUGAUAGACAGAGUGCCCUGGAGGCUGAGCUGAGGACAGUGCAGGCCUCACGCCGGGACCUGGACAACUUGCUGAAGUGGGUCCAGGAGGCGGAGACCACGGUGAACAUGCUGGCGGACGCCUCUCAGCGGGAGAACGCGCUUCAGGACAGCGUCCUGGCCCAGGAGCUCAGGCAGCAGCUGCAGGACAUCCAGGCGGAAAUUGAUGCCCAUAAUGACAUAUUUAAGAGCAUUGAUGGAAACAGGCAGAAGAUGGUAAAAGCCCUGGGGAAUUCUGAGGAGGCUACUAUGCUUCAACAUCGACUGGAUGAUAUGAACCAAAGAUGGAAUGACUUGAAAGCAAAAUCUGCCAGCAUCAGGGCCCAUUUGGAGGCCAGUGCUGAGAAGUGGAACAGGUUACUGGCGUCUUUAGAAGAACUGAUCAAGUGGCUGAAUAUGAAAGAUGAAGAGCUUAAAAAGCAAAUGCCAAUUGGUGGCGAUGUUCCAGCCCUACAGCUCCAGUACGACCAUUGUAAAGCACUGAGACGAGAGUUAAAGGAGAAAGAAUAUUCUGUCCUGAAUGCUGUAGACCAAGCUCGAGUUUUCCUGGCUGAUCAGCCAAUUGAGGCCCCCGAAGAACCACGAAGAAAUCUACAAUCAAAAACAGAAUUGACUCCUGAAGAGAGGGCCCAAAGGAUCGCCAAGGCCAUGCGCAAACAGUCUUCUGAGGUCAGAGAGAAGUGGGAAAGCCUCAAUGCAGUGACAAGCAGUUGGCAAAAGCAAGUGGACAAGGCGUUGGAGAAACUCCGGGACCUGCAGGGCGCCAUGGAUGACCUGGACGCCGACUUGAAGGAGGCGGAGGCGGUGCGCCACGGCUGGAAGCCCGUGGGAGACUUGCUCAUCGACUCGUUGGACGACCACAUCGAAAAGAUCCUGGGAUUUGGAGAAGAAAUUGAACCAAUCAACUUAAAAGUUAAAGCGGUGAAUGAUCUGUCCAGCCAGCUCUCUCCACUGGACCUGCACCCAUCUCUAAAGAUGUCUCGCCAGCUAGAUGACCUUAAUAUGCGAUGGAAACUUCUCCAGGUUUCUGUGGAUGAUCGUCUUAAACAGCUUGAAGAAGCUCGUAGAGAUUUUGGACCAUCAUCCCAGCAUUUUCUGUCUACUUCAGUCCAGCUGCCAUGGCAAAGAUCCAUCUCACAUAAUAAAGUGCCCUAUUACAUCAAUCAUCAAACUCAGACAACCUGUUGGGAUCACCCUAAGAUGACCGAACUCUUUCAAUCCCUUGCUGACCUGAAUAAUGUGCGUUUCUCUGCCUACCGCACAGCAAUCAAAAUCCGAAGACUACAAAAAGCACUAUGCCUGGAUCUCUUAGAGCUGAAUACAACAAAUGAAGUUUUCAAGCAGCACAAGCUGAACCAAAAUGACCAGCUGUUAAGUGUCCCAGACAUUAUCAACUGCCUGACAACAACCUAUGACGGGCUGGAGCAAAUGCAUAAGGACCUGGUCAACGUCCCGCUCUGUGUGGACAUGUGUCUCAACUGGCUGCUCAAUGUAUACGACACGGGUCGGACUGGGAAAAUUCGAGUGCAGAGUCUGAAGAUUGGAUUGAUGUCCCUCUCUAAAGGUCUCUUAGAAGAAAAAUACAGAUAUCUCUUUAAUGAAGUGGCGGGGCCUACGGAGAUGUGCGACCAGCGGCAGCUCGGCCUGUUACUCCACGAUGCCAUCCAGAUUCCUCGGCAGCUGGGAGAGGUAGCAGCUUUUGGAGGCAGCAACAUUGAGCCCAGCGUCCGCAGCUGCUUUCAACAGAAUAACAACAAGCCAGAGAUAAGUGUGAAAGAGUUUAUAGAUUGGAUGCGUUUGGAACCACAGUCUAUGGUUUGGCUACCAGUUCUGCAUCGAGUAGCAGCAGCUGAGACUGCAAAACAUCAGGCCAAGUGCAACAUAUGCAAAGAAUGUCCCAUCGUGGGGUUCAGAUACCGGAGCCUAAAGCAUUUUAACUACGAUGUCUGUCAGAGCUGCUUUUUUUCGGGUCGAACAGCAAAAGGCCAUAAAUUACAUUACCCAAUGGUGGAAUAUUGCAUACCUACAACAUCUGGGGAAGAUGUGCGCGACUUCACAAAGGUGCUGAAGAACAAGUUCAGGUCAAAGAAAUACUUCGCCAAACACCCUCGGCUGGGCUACCUGCCUGUCCAGACAGUUCUUGAAGGUGACAACUUAGAGACUCCUAUCACCCUCAUCAGUAUGUGGCCUGAGCACUAUGACCCCUCGCAAUCCCCUCAGCUCUUCCAUGAUGACACCCACUCAAGAAUAGAACAAUACGCCACUCGACUGGCCCAAAUGGAAAGGACCAAUGGUUCUUUUCUCACUGACAGCAGCUCUACCACAGGAAGUGUGGAGGACGAGCAUGCCCUCAUCCAGCAGUAUUGCCAGACCCUCGGAGGCGAGUCCCCAGUGAGCCAGCCACAGAGUCCGGCUCAGAUCCUGAAGUCUGUGGAGCGGGAAGAGCGCGGCGAGCUGGAGCGUAUCAUUGCAGACUUGGAGGAAGAACAGAGGAAUCUGCAGGUGGAGUACGAGCAGCUGAAGGAGCAGCACCUGAGGAGGGGGCUUCCCGUCGGGUCCCCGCCAGACUCGAUUGUAUCUCCGCACCACACCGCAGAGGACUCAGAGCUUAUAGCAGAAGCAAAGCUCCUUCGGCAGCACAAAGGUCGGCUGGAGGCGAGGAUGCAGAUUUUAGAAGAUCACAACAAACAGCUGGAGUCGCAGCUGCACCGCCUACGGCAGCUGCUAGAGCAGCCCGAAUCUGAUUCCCGAAUCAAUGGCGUCUCCCCCUGGGCUUCGCCUCAGCAUUCUGCACUGAGCUACUCGCCGAUCCCAGACCCAGGCCAGCAGUUUCAGCAGUCAGCUGCCGAGGACCUGCUGGCCCCGCCUCAUGACACCAGCACUGACCUCACGGAGGUCAUGGAGCAGAUCAACAACACAUUUCCAUCUUGCUGCUCAAGCGUCCCCAGCAGACCACAGGCCAUGUGAAGCGUUCAUCCUGCCAGACAACAUUUCCUGACGUGCAGUGUUGCCCUUUCCUGCCAAUGCCAACCCCAACUUCAUUUACUCCGAAGCUCCAUGGCUCCUUGACAUGUGCUGUUGAGCGUUGACUGUGUGUUCUACUGAAGGAGUACAACACUGACUAUCCAAAGAGAAAAGGAUAUUUUGUUUUUAUAACAACCAUAUAUUAUUGUUUUCUUCUUCCCUUUCUAUGCAACUGUAAAUUAAUGAACAGAGAGGUCUUUGGAAAUGGUAAUACAUUUGUCACUGAUUUGUAUAAUGUGUACAGCAUUGGGAAAGUGGGUGGGGGCUUUCUAAUAUGAUUCUGUGUUUUUAAUACCCACGACAAAAAUUGCAUAAGAAUUAGAAGACCACUUCACAUUUUUACAUUCCUUCCACUGCUCCUGUUAACCUUGUGCAAUGACUUCAUUUAUUUCUUUGACUCCUUUACCAUUAUGUUUGGUUAUUUAUAAUUCAUCAGCCACGUGACCAAAUAGAUUCUGUGUAUUUGUUCCCAUGAUUUGGCCAAAUUAGAAAGUUCAUACAUUUCAAUCAAAUCGGCUUUGAAUAUACUGUUUAACUUUAUUUGACAGCAUAUAUUUAUUUCCUUAGUGGUAACUACCAAAAAAAAAAUCCUGUGGGCCUAAAGGGCAUGUCUAUUAGUAUUUUGUCUCCAGUUUUUAUUCCUUUUUUUCUGUAUAAGUAGGUCUUGAUUUCUUUAUUUAUUUCACAUCCCAGUCUAUACGAUAGAGUGCAUUAUAAUAAUCUCAAAGAUCAUUUUACCAAAGGUUGCUCAUUAAGCAUAUUUUUAUUUUGACACAGAAACAAAACAGUACCAUCUUUCCUAGUCCCUAGGUCUUUGAUUUUUAUCAUAAAAUACACAGCAGACCUUUACCUAUCAUGAGACAAAAGCACAUUGUUAUCUUUAGCUCCCUUUGAAGAGAAUCUUGUUUUUGUAUUUUCAAGUCCUGUAUAAUUCUUGUAACUCUUGGUUGCUUUCUUUCUGAAAGCAGACACAAAUUUAGUGCAUGUCUCAUUUUACCUUUGUAAUGAAUGAGCAGAUGUCUUACUUCCUGUCACUUGAUCAGUGUGUUUGGAAAGGAUGUUUUCCAGAAGCCUGUGCCACAACUUCUACUGAAAAAUGAAAUUAAUGUUUAGAUGGGCAUACCCCGCCUCAUACUUUGAGUGCAGUUUAGGUAUAUGGUUCUAUUCUUUUAUUUAACAUUGAAUAGAUUCAUUGUAAACAUGUUGCUUAAUUACCAAAUGUAGUGAAACCAAAAAUAAAAAUAAUGUGUUUUGAUUCAAGCAUAUGUGCUUUUAAAACAUGAGGACAUUGUAACUUUGAGUUCUUUUUCACUGGGAUCUGGCCAAGAAGGAGGCUUCAAGUUAGAAAUUAUUAUUCUUUUAGAAUAGUUUGGGUGGGUUGGGGGGCAAGGGUGUCUAUUUGCAGCAUAGAUAUUUUGAGAAGAAGAAAAAUGUUUUAUAUAAGAGGAAAGCCAUGACUGACCACCUUUCUACCUCAAAUCCAUCUUCCUCCAUCCUGUUGGAAAUAGCUUUAUGCCACUGCAGUCUGCAAAGUGUAGAGCUUUUAUCAGGCCAUAUGAUACCCAAGAAAGCAUCUAUUUAAUGAAAAACAAAUUCCCUGAACUCAGAACUCCAGGUUGUAGAUUUGGUAUCUUCCUUGUUAUUACUUUGAGAAGUCAUGUGUUAAUUUUUUCUGCCUGUGUUUGUAUGCAAAAUAUUCUCUAUCUGCUAUUACAGAAAAGCUACGUAAAACACUACAUUGUAACCUUCUAAGUAAUAAUAAAAAGAAAUAUAUUGCAGUAACAACAAUGGGAAAUAAGUAUAAUGUUCUUUUGAAAUAUGUGGUAAAAAACUAAUCAUAGAAUAUCAUCUAAUCUGGUUACAUGUUGUAUUUUUCAUCCUGAAUAAAAGUAAUUUUAACACAAAAUGA